AAAAUUAUGAAGAAGAUUUUAUUAUCAUUUUAAUUAUUCUUGAAUAUACACAAGCUUUAUUAUAUGAUAAUGAAAGUGAAAACUUUAAUUUAAAUAAGAUUGAACCCAAUUCAUAUAAUAAACUUCUUACAGAAUUGAAUAAUAAAAGAGAUAUAGAAAUUGAAGAUAUUUCUAUAAAAAUUCUAAAAUUAACACUAUAUAAAAUAGAUACAAACAUAGUUGAAAAGUAUUACAAUAGUAUAACAAAUCUACAAAGACUACGACAAGUAACUGAAAAUGUUAAUAAUUUUUCUUGA